UUUUGACAGUUGGCAUUGCCUUGUGUCAAUCGCUAUCAACUUUCUUUCUUUUGUAAUCGCCAUUACAGUGCUGUCGCUUUGAUUCCAAGCUCUACAGAAAAACAAAUCAAAAAUGGAAAACGAUACUGGAGAUUUCGUUGACUUGUACUGCCCACGAAAAUGCUCGGCCAGUAACCGUAUCAUCCACGCCAAGGACCAUGCUUCAGUCCAACUUAACAUUGCUGAAGUCGAUCCAAACACUGGUAUCGCAACAGGCACAUCAAAAGCAUACGCUAUCUGCGGUGCCAUCCGUGGCAUGGGCGAAUCAGAUGAUUGCAUCGCCCGUUUGGCUAAACGCGAUGGAAUCCUUACCAAGAACUACUAAUUAAUUUUUAUCUACCCAACAUCCAGAUGUUAUUAAAAUAUUCGAUCAAUUUUGAUUGAGGAAUAAAAAUUAAUUAAGAAAUUGCAA